GUAAACGUGGACAAACUCCUCAGAUGAGAAGACUUCAUGAGCAUGAUCGUCGUCUACAGUGUGAAGUGUCACGAAUGUUAUCAGCUCAUGAAUGUCAACAAGCUGUACUGGAGCGUCGUAUUGAAGCCGUAGCAGCAGCCGAAUGUCGACUCAAGGAAUUCCUGUUACGUCAGGAAAACGUGAAGCAGGAACGCAGUAAAGUUCCAUCAGAAGUCAAUAAUCCUGAAGGUGAGGUAGCAUCGUUGUGUUGUAACGACCAGUCGUAACCAGUUGGGAACAGGUUUGAGGUGUGAGGACAAACACUCACUUCGGAUGA